AUGGUCGAGAGAGUUAUUGAAGCUCCUUAUGACCAUCAUGUGUACCAUGCCGCUACGCAACUGUCACUCAGGGCCGCCAAAAAGGCUUUCAAUUCGUCUAACGCGCAGAAAGUCAUUAAUAUAUUAAUCCGAGACUGCUUUCUUAAGCACAAUAUUGAGAAAACCUUUAGUGUUACUGUACUUCACCGCUAUUUUGACCUGCAACCGGACAAGAGGAAUAUCGAGGAAAGCAGUCAAGUAAUUGUAUCUAAAGAUCUCAAUAAUAUUUAUCCCUGUAGCUGGUUGUUUUACGAUGGAAAGCUGUUUCCAUAUGAGUUCCGACGAGCAAGUCCCGGACAAAGUAUCCCACUCCUGCUGACUGAAUUUGUAACCAAUUUAUGGUCGAUACUGCAAGCUCAUGACUUAUGUGAUAUACUUGGGUUUCAGACCUAUACAGACGGCUUUAUUGGGUUGGAAUCGACGGACAAAACAGCAAGGGUCAGUACAACUGUUGACUACACUGAAGAAGAAUUUCAGAAUAUGAGUGGAGUCAGGGCUUCGUUCGCGUUUUUUCGGUAA